AUGGACAAAAUAAAUAAAAAGCUUUUCAAAAUUUUAGCUGGAUACUAAAAUUAUGAAUGGGGUAAAAUUGGAGAAAGCAGCUAAGUUUAUCAGAUGGUCAAAUGUUGGAAUGAAAGUUUAUAAUUAAACUAAGCAUACGCUGAACUUUGGAUGGGCACACAUGUAAACUGUCCUUCAAUAGCAAUUACAGAAAAUAAUUAGAAAGUUAAAUUAGGGGAUCUGAUAGCUACAUAACCGGAUGCUUACUUAGGCAAAGAAGUAAAAGAAAAGUAUAAUUUAUAAGAUUAGCUGCCUUUCUUGUUUAAAAUAUUAAGUGUUAACAAGGCUUUAAGUAUUUAAGCUCACCCAGAUAUUGAGUUAGCUAAAAAACUAUUUAAAGAAUUUCCAAAUAUUUAUAAAGAUCCUAACCACAAACCUGAAAUGUGCAUAGCUUUGACUGAUUAUGAAGCCCUAUGUAACUUUUGUAAGGCUGAUGAGAUAGUUGAAAAUCUAAAAGCUACUCCUGAACUCAAAGAGGUUAUAAACAAUCAAGAACUAAUUGAUAAAUUUGUUUCAAAUAAAUCUAAAGAAGAUCUUAAAAGUAUAUUUACUGCUUUAUUUGACGCUUCUUAAGACCACAUAACAGAAUAAGUGAAAAAAUUAAUUAAUAGAGUUUAACUUAAGCAAGAUAAAAAUGAAAGAGAUCUAUUGGUUAUCAAACUAAAUGAGUAAUAUCCAAACGACGUUGGAAUUUUUGUUAGCUAUUUACUCAAUUAUUUUAAAAUGAAGGAAGGUGAUUGUCUUGUCAUGGCAGCUAAUGAACCUCAUGCUUACAUAUCAGGAGAUUGCAUUGAAUGUAUGGCUGCGUCUGAUAACGUAGUUAGAGCAGGUCUAACUCCAAAAUUCAAGGAUAAAGUCACACUAUGCAACAUGCUUACCUACGAAAUGAAAGAUCCAUCAAUUCUUCGCCAAAAAGUUACUUUUGAAGAUAAAAAUAAAGGUUAAAUUAUUGAAUUGUAUAGCCCAGAAGACUACAAAGAUUUUAGCUGUCUUAAAAUCUCAUCAAAAGAAGGAGACCUCUAAAAAACAGUUAAAUUAGAAAGUGGAAGCAUAUUCAUAGUUAUUUAAGGUUAAGCUGUAGCAUAUGUCGAUGAAGAAAAUAGUGUUAAUAUACUUAAAGGAGACACCUACUUCGUUCCUGCAAAUAUUGAGUUUUCAUUCAAAAACUCCUAAAACUUAGUAGUAUUUGUUUGCUAUAGUAGAUAUUGA